GCGUCCUUGCUCAAAAACUUCACGUGCAGAUUAUCUCGCCUUUUCGUAAUGCGCCUGCGUAGUAUAAUUUCGUAGCUGACCCGAUUUCUAACUCUUUUAUUUUUUCAAAGAGCUGUCAGCAAUAUUUGAACGUCUUUUUUAUUAACCAAAACUAAAUCCAAUGCAAAAGAGCAUAAAAAAAAGGGUGAAAAUGUCCCACUAUUCUCAUUUUUCCGUGUUCUUCAAGCAUAAACUCCAACUCCCAUGAGCCUUUAGGAGGCCGGAAACGUGAUUGACGAAGUUGGGAACUUGGCGUUGACUCAAGCCAGUUAGCAAGCAAGCGAGCGAGCUUCUCGAGCGCCGUCAACCAGUAGCUUGUCUGGCAGCAUGGUUUUAUCGUCGCUUUGCAUUUAACCCGCCAAUUUUUGCACAAAAGUGUGAGCCGCCAUGGGCCCCGCCUUUGCCGUUCUUCUGGUGUUUGUCGGAUGUUGUAGCAAUGUUGUGUUUCUGGAGCUGCUUGUAAGAGAGUUCCCAGGCUGCGGCAACAUCGUCACGUUUGCGCAGUUUGCCUUCAUCGCGUUGGAGGGCCUGGUCUUCGAAACUCGCUUUGGCACCAAGAAGCCCGCCAUCCCCGUCAGCAACUACGUCGUCAUGGUGACAAUGUUCUUCACGGUCAGCGUGGUCAACAACUACGCCCUCAACUUCAACAUCGCCAUGCCGCUGCACAUGAUCUUCAGAUCGGGGUCCCUCAUCGCCAACAUGAUCCUGGGUAUCGUCAUCCUGAAGAAAAGGUACUCGGCCGGCAAAUAUUUGUCCAUCGCUUUAGUUUCCGCCGGCAUCUUCAUCUGCACCGUCGUGUCGGCCAAGCAAGUCAAUGUGGCCAACGAGGGCUCGGAGGACGACGGCCUUUACGUUUUGGCGCGCUGGCUUGUGGGGAUCGCCAUGUUGACCUUUGCCCUGCUCAUGUCGGCACGGAUGGGAAUUUUCCAGGAGACGCUGUACAAGAAGUACGGAAAACACUCCAAAGAGGCUCUUUUUUAUAACCACUUCCUGCCUCUGCCGGGCUUCCUGCUCCUCUCCUCGGACAUCUACAGCCACUGCGUCCACUUCAGUCGCAGCGCGCCGGUGCUCGUUCCUGUCAUCCAACUGAACGUUCCAAUUAUGUGGCUGUACCUGCUCGCCAACGUCAUGACGCAAUACGUGUGCAUCCGCGGCGUCUUCAUCCUGACCACCGAGUGCGCCUCGCUCACCGUCACCCUGGUGGUGACCCUGAGGAAGUUCCUCAGCCUCAUCUUCUCCAUCGUGUACUUCCAAAACCCCUUCACGGCUUGGCACUGGGCGGGCACGGCCGUGGUCUUCGCCGGCACGCUGCUCUACACCGAGGUGUUGAGCGCCGUGCCGGCGGCGAGGAAGAAGUCCGAGUGACGACCACGACGGAUAUUUUUAGAUUUUAUACCUGGGAACUUUUCACGUCUGUUGACUCUUUUACGACCAGUGCUGGGAAGUAAACAAAAAUACUUUUGGCUGUACUUAAGUAGAUGUUGCAAAUGUCUGUACUGUACUUUACUUGAGUAUUUAUUUUAAAGACCACGAUUUACUCUCUACAUUUGAAAAUGGAUGUUUAUUUUCCUCACGAAAUCAAAAUAGGCUCCUUACAUUUCUCCCCCAAAACAUUAACUAAGUUAUGAAAUCGUGUUUUUGGUUUGAUAGCAUGAAAAUCACGCAAACACAAACUACUUGUGACUUUGUUUUUGUUUUCUUUCCAAGUAAAAAUGCUGCAACUUGAUUCAAGAGCGAAGCUAUUUUGGUUUUGUUUUUACUGUGCAAAGUUAGCAAAACCGGUAUUGUAUGGCCAGUGUAAGUGACAUAAAAAAAUGUAUUUUUGUAAAGUCGA